GCGUGAAAAUUGAGGUUCAAUUCUAGUUUUAUAUGUACAUUAUUAUUAGCAGGCAGGUGGGGUCUUACCGUCGAUAUUAUUAUGUCUUGCCGUCCUACUACAGGUACGGGCAUGGACUUUCUCCCCCUUUACUUCAACGCGUGCAUCAUGUGUUCUCCUCAUUUUUGCAAGCACUCACAGCCUUUACCAUGUCGAGCGUUCGAAUCCCACCUUUGCCUCCCCCGCCUAACCAGGACGCCAUUGAGCUCUAUCGGGCCUUUAAAGGCUUGGGUUGCAACACCAAAACAGUGAUAGAAAUCCUUGGUCACAGAGAUGCAAGACAACGGCCGAUGAUACGGCAGGCAUACCAAACUAUGUAUGCAGAUGAUUUGAUUCGUCGACUAGAUUCAGAACUCAGAGGAAAUUUAAAGAGGGCUGUAAUUCUUUGGAUGUAUGAUCCUGCGGACCGUGAUGCAGUUUUAUUGAAAGAGGCAUUAGCAGGAGCAGGCACCAAAGAUAAAACAUUAGUAGAAAUUAUAUGUUCUCGGACUCCAUCUCAACUUCAGUUGAUAAGACAGGCAUAUCAUGCAAGGUACAGCAGAUAUGUUGAGAAGGAUGUUGAAACAGAUACAAGUGGUCAUUACCAAAAGUUGCUCCUUGCAUAUUUAAGUGCAACUCGCUAUGAAGGCCCACAACUAGAUAUGAGUUUAGCAGAGAUGGAUGCAAAAACACUCUACAAAGCCGGUGAAGGAAGAAUGGGAACUGACGAAGCAACCUUCAUUCAGAUCUUCAGCACACGAAGCAGUGCACAACUGGCAGCUACUGCUUCUAUUUAUCAUAACCUGUACAAACAUGAUCUUGAAAAGGCUAUAAAACGUGAAACAUCAGGUGACUUUGAAUAUGCUCUUCGGGCUAUUCUAAAAUGCAUUCGAAAUCCAGCAAAAUAUUUUGCCAAGAUUUUAUACAAGUCAAUGAAGGGCAUAGGCACCAACGAUGCGGCUCUUAUUCGUGUCGUGGUUACACGGGUAGAGAUGGACAUGGAAUACAUCAAGGUAGAGUUUUUAAAUACUUAUGGAAAGACCUUGGAGCGUAUGAUUUCAUCUGAUACUUCUGGUGACUAUAGGGCUUUCCUUCUUACUCUUGUUAGUGGACAACCUAAGUAAGAUUUAUUUUUCAUUUGUUACAAUCAUAUGUAUUUUCUGUAAUUUUAUACAACUAUGAUCAUUUGUAUGGGCAAUUAAAAGUUCAAUGUGAACUGUCACAUUGAUGGUGUUGUAUUUGAGCACUUCCCUAAUAAUUCUUGUUGGUGAACAAAAUAAAUGAUGGUAUUGUAUGGGAAACAUAUUAAAUUGUCUUGAAAAAGAUAUUAUAUGUAAAUUUGGAUUGCUUUUUAUGGAUUA